CUAGUUGCUAGUCAGCGCUAUACAGCUUACCCAAAUACCUGUUCACGAUUCCUUUUAGAGGAGUCUUCGGCAACAUCAGAUACUCGCCUGGGAAUCACCAUGGAUGUGUUUCCAACCGAGGACGGGUCUCUGGGAUCCAGUUACCUGGGGGAGUUUCGCCGGUGCAAACACUGCACUGAGGCCUACAGCAAACAACGGUCUUGGAAUGUUACUGGCGACAGUCUUGCAGUCUGUAAAUCGUGCAGCUUCCCCGCUCGUUGCACCGGCUACGUGCCUGAGUACCUGUCAGACAUCUCUCCGGAGUCUGCAACUGGAAGUUGUCGAGAGCUAAGUGGUAUAAGAGCUGUUAGCCCUCUGCUCUCAUCCUUGACACAACCUACCUCUGUUUGAUUCAAAGACCGUGGCCCGGCA